CCCUGGCCACCCCAUGAACUUCAAGAACCGCAUCCGGGUGUGGGAGGCCCAACAGGACAAGGAUGCGGCGGAUAAGGCCAAGGAGAAGGCGCAGGCGGAGUUCGAUGCUGAACAGGAGUACCUCAAGACUUUGUCGUACCUGAGUGCCGCGGAGCAGCAGCGUUACAGGGAGGUCCAGUCUGUUUCCUUCAUGUACACCAAACCGCCGGGACUGGACGCCGCACUCGCCCGGGAUGCGGAGGCGGAGAAGAAGGCGAGAGCGGGGCAUAAAACCAACAACGUCCAACAGCAACACCUCGAAGGCCCACCGGGAGCGGCAGUAGCAGCACCCGGCGGCAGUAGCAGCGGUGGCCUCCCCCCCGCCGGUGGCAGCACUAACCCCAAGCCCAACCAGGCCGGGCCCCCCGCCCCCGCUGUGGCCCUCCCUCACUCCCUGGGCAUGGACCGGUUGCGAGAGGACCCCCUCCCGGCUAUGUGGGCGGCGAGGGAGGCGCUGAAGAAUAACCCCAGCUCCGACCACCCCAACCAGCAGCUGCUGGGGGAGGAGGGCCUACCGGGUACCGGGGCGGGGCGGGGGGGGGAGGCGGAGCUGGAGUUCCUGCUCCAGCUGCCCCCCGACGAGCAGCUCAGGGCGCUCAAGAGGAUGGCCAAGCGGCGGAAGAAGGAGGAGCAGGAGCGGCAGCUCCGUGAGGCCGAGGCGGUGCUCCGGGCGGCUGGGUACGACCUGUCCGCGGUGGCGGCGGGGGACGGCGGCGGCGGCGGCGGCGGGGGCGGCGGCAAGCACAGCACCAAGGACAAGAAGAAGAGGCGCUGA